AUUUUGUUAUAGUUACGAUUAUACAAAUAAGCAUUUUAUUUAAAGGUACACUUUCUAGAGGUGUCAACGGAUUUUCCGUCGCUGGUCCAUUUUAAAUGUUGAAAAAAGAAAACCAUGGAAGGUCUUUUAAACUUAAAGUUUUUAUCUGUUACAUGCACUAAAGUAGAUAGCUCUAAAGUGAUAAUUAUGAACUUUUCUCGGUUAUUGUUAGAAGGCAGUCAUUUAUAGUAGAUUGAAUACUUUGUCCACAGAUGUCUAAUCAGGAUACACAACAGUACACCUCUGUCACUGACAUGGAGAAUGAACGUGUGAGUCAGGUCGAUGCACCUCCUCUACCAGAAGAACAGCAUGAUGAAAAGGUAGAUCUGGCAACAGAGCCAUCACAACCCUCGCAUAAAAGUAGAAGUUCUCCCAGUAGUCGUCGCAGAAAUUACCGGAAGAGGUCUGCUUCAGAAUCCCCUGAAAGAUCCCCUAAUAGAAGAUCUCCAGACCACUCACCUUCGUCACACAGACGAAGAAGAAAUUCAGAUUAUAAAGGUAACUUGGGUGGCUUUUUGUUUAUUGGUACUACUCUGUUUAAAACUGUUUUUUCCAUCAUAUUAUGCAAUCACCUGUCAACAAUGUAACAUGAUUUAUGCAAUAAUGUGCUCGGAUUAAAAACAGUUAUGACCAGAUUUUAGGCUGCUAGAUUUAUAACACUUUGACCCUUAUCCUGCAAACACUUGCGUGAUGCAAGGAAAAAGGGGAUGGGGUUAGUUAGGGCAAGAAGGUUAGGGUAAACUGUGAUGAAAGCUCUUAAGAAAGGAGAAUGAACAAAGAUCAUCAAGUUAUUAGUUUGUCACACUAAAAGUAAAAAGAAAAUGAUUCCUUUUCAAGGUUGUGCUCAAAGAAAACUUAAAAGCAGUGAUCCUGUCAAAUCUAGGUUACCCAGCAUAUGACUUUUAUGAAAGAGAAAAAAAAACUGAGCUUUCCUAAUUACACUAGAACAAAGACCAUGGCACUGCUAGGGCACAGCCCUUCCGUUGGUAUAAUGGACCCUUCCAGGUUUUUUUAACUUUUGACAUGGACCAAUAAGAGAAAAUCCAUCAACACCACAGGAAAGAGCCCCCUUAAAAUUAGUGACAUUGCCAGGUUUGAAAGUGAUAUGACUUAAGUGACUGCAGAUAGAGCUCCACAAAGUUGUGAAAAUUUACUGACAUUUGUAUGGUGGGGGUGGGGGGCAAGUUUGUAUCCUCCCAUCCUACAAACAUCUGUAAAAUUUCAAACAUGGCGUUUUUAACUAAUUUUAAGGCACUUUUUCAAUAAUUGACACCAAUUAUUGGUGUCAAUGGAUUUUCCCAAACUUUUCCGUGUCUAAAGGUGGAAAAAAUGUAAAAGGGUCUAUUAUUAUAGAUCCAUGCUGAUUAAAGGGUCUGACGUCUUGUUUCCUUCAGAUGACCGAAGGCGUCGUAGAAGAAGUAGAAGUCGGAGUAGGAGCAGGAGCAGAAGCAGGAGUCCAAGGAGAAGAAGGAGAAGUCCAAGUCCAAGAAAUGUGA